CCACACCACACCACACAGCACACCGGGAUGCUGCAAAGGCUCAUUUGCUGGCACGGCUCGGUCUAAAUGUCAAGUCCAGCCCAGAGCGGGUCACCUUGCUGGAGUCUGUUCUGGACUGCUCCUCUUCACCCUCACCUCACCUCAGCGUGAGUCGUUUUGGAUAUACUGUAUAUAUAUAUUUUUUUUUGAGAAAAUAAACAGAAAACCUCCAGGAUAUAUAUAUAUAUAUUUUUUUUUUUUUGGGAGGAGCGGGAGCUAAAUACUUUUUUUUGUUGCGGGGGAUUGAUGAUGGCGUCUGCACCGUCCUCCUCCUCCUCCGCGGGUGGCGACGCGGACUCCAACGCGGCGACUUUGCGGCCACCGGGAUCAAGUUAUGAUGCCUGGUGUGGGGUCGCUCACGGAUGCACAAGGAAAUUGGGAAUGAAGAUAUGUGGGUUCCUGCAGAAGAAUAACAGUGUGGAGGAGAGGAGCAAGUUCUUCAAGGAGCGUGCGGCCAGGAGCUUCAUGCUCACCUGCGACAACAGUGGCGAGGGCGCCCACUUCACGCGCACAGAGACCGACUUCUCCAACAUGUUUGCCAGAGAUCUCUUACCUGCCAAAAACGGCGAGGAGCCCACCAUGCAGUUCUUGCUGGAGGUGGUGGAAAUCCUCACCAGCUACAUCCGCAAAACCUUCGACAGAUCCACCAAGGUCCUGGACUUCCACCACCCACACCAGCUGCUGGAAGGCAUGGAGGGCUUCAACCUGGAGCUCUCCGAGCAGCCCGAGUCCCUGGAGCAGAUCCUGGUGGACUGUCGGGACACUCUGAAGUACGGCGUGAGGACAGGUCAUCCCAGAUUCUUCAACCAGCUGUCGACUGGAUUAGACAUUGUUGGCUUGGCAGGGGAGUGGCUUACCUCUACAGCCAACACUAACAUGUUCACAUAUGAGAUCGCGCCCGUCUUCGUACUGAUGGAGCAGCUGACGCUGAAAAAGAUGAGAGAAAUCAUCGGCUGGCCAGAGGGGGAGGGCGACGGAAUAUUUUCUCCGGGAGGAGCAAUUUCCAACAUGUACAGUGUGAUGAUUGCACGCUACAAGUACUUCCCCGAGGUCAAAACCAAAGGCAUGGCAGCUGCACCCCGACUGGUCCUUUUCACCUCCGAGCAUAGCCACUACUCCAUCAAGAAGGCCAGUGCAGCUCUGGGAUUUGGAACAGAGAACUUGAUCCUGCUCAGCACAGAUGAAAGAGGGAGAGUCAUCGCCGCUGAUCUGGAAGCCAAAGUGAUUGCCGCCAAACAAAAGGGGUAUGUUCCCAUGUAUGUCAACGCCAUGGCCGGCACCACCGUCUACGGGGCCUUCGAUCCCAUCCAUGAAAUUGCAGACAUCUGUGAGAAGUACAACAUGUGGCUCCAUGUGGACGGAGCGUGGGGCGGAGGUUUGCUCAUGUCUCGGAAACACCGACACAAGCUGAGCGGGGUGGAGAGGGCCAACUCGGUCACUUGGAACCCUCACAAGAUGAUGGGAGUGCCUCUGCAGUGUUCCGCCAUUCUGGUCAGAGAGAAGGGUUUACUGCAAGGCUGCAACUCCAUGUGUGCGGGCUACCUGUUCCAGCCGGACAAGCAGUACGACGUGGCCUACGACACGGGGGACAAGGCGCUGCAGUGCGGGCGCCAUGUGGACAUAUUCAAGUUCUGGCUCAUGUGGAAGGCAAAGGGAACGGUAGGAUUCGAGCAACAUAUCGACAAGUGUCUGGAUCUCUCAUCAUACCUUUAUUACAAAAUAAAAGGCAAAGAGGGCUUUGAGAUGGUCUUUGACGGAGAGCCGCAGCACACCAACGUCUGCUUCUGGUACAUUCCGCCCAGCCUACGCAGCAUGCCUGCUGGUGAGGAGAGACAGCAGAGGUUGCACAAGGUGGCCCCCAAGAUCAAGGCCAUGAUGAUGGAGUCCGGCAGCACAAUGGUGGGCUACCAGCCUCAAGGAAAGAAGGUCAACUUUUUCCGCAUGGUCAUCUCCAACACGGCCGCUACCAGGUCGGACAUCGACUUUCUGGUGGAGGAGAUCGAGAGACUGGGGCAGGACUUGUAAAGGCCACUUCACAGACACUUCAUUAGGAACACCUGAGGUCCAAUCCAAGAGCUGGAUAAUACUAACAAUAAUAAUGCUAGGUUUUUAUUGGCACAUUCACCAAGUUGUUAUUGUGGUUGUAGUCAAAAUGAGAAUAACAAUGAGCCUCAUGUGUUUGGUUCUGUACCUAAUGUUGUGGCCUGUGAUGCAUACUUUAAGUAGGGAUCUUACGACCCUUUUUCCUGUGUGUCUUCUCUGUCAAUAGACAAUAGAAUGUCGUAUUCUAUGCAGACUGGAUUAAAAAACCCAAUGGGAGCGUAAAAAAAGAGCACAAACUUACUGCAUUAAUGUAAAGUAAUAUAUGGAAUAAGAAAUGUUGGUGCACCAUGUUGUCAAAUCCAUCAGCUGGGUGGUAAGGUGCAGUAAAGCAGGCAGUCGAUGUAAAAUGUCUUGUAUUAAUGGCUGUGUUUUUACAUUUGUUCUGUCUAGACUGUGUAUAGUAUUGUUACAUGACCUUUGUGCACUAUGUGUUUUAUGGUGAAAUGUAAAUCAAUCAGAUGUGUCACUUUAUAAUUAUGAAUCAGAUUUUUUUCCAUGUGUAAAAUAUCCUCAGAUAUAUUUAUUGUAUCACAUUCUACAUUUUUUAGAACUUGAUCUUUUAUGUGCGUUAGUGAACCAAAGACCAGUUGAGUGUCAUUGGUGAACAUCCCUUACGACUAAAAGCACAUCUAUGAGGAUACUUCUGCCGGUAUCAACAAUCAGUGUUGUGUUAGCUGUGAUGCACUACAUGUUUAUGUGAAGGAAGAAAAGCACAGUGCUGAAAUGCUGAUGACAAAGAUUGUUUCUGCAACAUGCACACGGAGGCCACACUUGUAUGCAGUAUUUAUCAACUUCAACUAUGAAACACACAAGUGUUUGCGGCUGGAAGAAGACGUCGACUAAAUAGUAUGGAUGAAAUGUUGAUGUCACUUUAACUCUUCAUCUCUAGAGUAUUACAUAGCACUAAUAAAGACGUCAGCUGUUCAA